AUGAUUACCGACAUCAUCGCCAUAGCCUGCCUGCUGGGCCAAGCGGCAGCCCAGUUCCCUCCUCGGCCCGAGGGGGUCACCGUCUUGCGCUCGAAAUUCCAUGAAAAUGUCUCUAUCUCCUACAAAGAGCCCGGCAUCUGCGAGACCACCCCCGGCGUCAAGUCGUACUCCGGCUACGUCCACCUCCCGCCGCGCUUCCUCGACGACGGCAACGGCGAGGUUCAGGACUACCCCAUCAACACCUUCUUCUGGUUCUUCGAAGCCCGCAAGAACGCCGCCACGGCCCCGCUCGCCAUCUGGCUCAAUGGCGGUCCCGGCGGCUCCUCCAUGAUGGGCCUGUUGGAGGAGAACGGCCCGUGUUUCGUCGCGAACGACUCCAGGGCCACCUACCUCAACCCAUGGAGCUGGAACAACGAGGUCAACAUGCUCUAUAUCGACCAGCCGAACCAGGUCGGCUUCUCCUACGACGUGCCCACCAACGUCAGUCUGCAUCCGGCCGAAAACGGAUUCGGCUAUCAUGCCGUGCCUGCCAACUUCACCGACGGGCUCCCGGAGCUGAACUACACGAGCUUCGUGGGCACCGUGAGCAGCCAGAAGCUGCUGCAGACGGCCAACACCACCGCCCAGGCGGCCCACGCGCUGUGGCACUUUGCCCAGACGUGGUUCUUUGAGUUUCCGCACUACAAGCCGUCCGACAACCGCAUCAGCCUGUGGUGCGAGAGCUACGGAGGCCACUACGGGCCGGGCAUCAUGCGCUUCUUCCAGGAACAGAACGACAAGAUCGAGAAGGGAACCUCGAAGGAGAAGGGGGCACACCCGCUCCACCUCGACACGCUGGGCAUAGUGAACGGCUGGGUCGACCCUCUGAUCCAGGGCGAGUGGAAUUACCAUUACGGCUACAACAACACAUACGACAUCCAGCUCUGGAACCAGUCCACCUACAAGGCGCUGCUCCACAACUGGACCAAGCCCGACGGGUGCCGAGACCAGCUCCAGCGGUGCCAGGACGGCCUCGAACGCCAUGACGCCCGCGCAACAAGCUCAAACCCAGACACCACCGCCGCCUGCGUCUACUUUGAGAAGAACUGCGAAGAGUCGCCCGAGCUCAGCUACAACGGCUCCCUCCGCAACUACUACGACAUCGGCCACCAGGCCGAGGACCCUUCGCCAGCGCCAUACAUGUUCGGGUACCUGACAGAAGCAGCAACACUAAGCGCGCUCGGCGUGCCCGUCAACUUCUCGUGGAUCGGGUGGGCGGUCAACGACGCCUUCGUGGGCGCGCGCGACCACCUGCGCGGCGCGGGCUUCGUCGAGAGCAUCGGGCUGCUGCUCGACCACGGCGUCAAGGUGCACAUGGUGUACGGCGACCGCGACUUCUCGUGCAACUGGAUGGGCGGCGAGGCGGUCAGCGCGGCCGUGCCGUGGCGCAACAGCACCAGGUUCGCCGCCGCCGGAUACGUGCCGCUGCUGCUGGCGUCGGAAGUCGCCAAGGAGCGGCCCCGCUUCAUGGCCGGCAUGACGCGCCAGGUCGCCAACUUCAGCUUCUCGCGCGUCUUCCAGGCCGGCCACGAGGUGCCUGCGUACCAGCCCGCCGCCGCCUAUGAUGUGUUUAUGCGCGCUACUUUUAAUCGUGACAUCGCUACGGGGCUGACGCCUGUUACGGAUUCGCUAGCGACGGUCGGCCUGGGCGAUACCCGCGGCAUCAGGAGCUGGCAGCCCCCGCUGCCUGCCCCACAGUGCUAUGUUCUCAAGGCCCGCAGCUGUCUGCCCGACGUCUGGGCGCGUGUCGUCAACGGCACUGCCGUAGUCAAGGACUGGAUCGUUGUUGGAGCGACUGGAGACGAGUCGUUACUCUCCGCGCAUGAGGGAGGGGAUGGGGAUUAUGUCGAGGACCUGUGA